CACCACCGAUGAAUGGGUCAAAUCCGCAAUGGAUGACACCCAUUUGGUAGUCAACCUUUUAGUCAAACUCCGUCAUCAAUCUAAUUCUUCUUCUUCUGUCACGUCAGCGUCACAUAACCUUCAACGUUGGUCGACCCGCCAACGUCGUACAAAACAACAAAAUGUUCUUAUUUCAACAAACGGUGAUAAAACACCGCCACCUAGAGCUAGCCCCACUACUCCUUUAUCAUCUUACAGUAGCGACGGCGGUGGCGGUGGUGGUGGAUGUACGGAAGAAUCUAGCUUGCCAAAUCUUGACCGCGGUGGUAUUUCAAGAUCUAAGGUUAUUAUAGGGCCAAACAAAACAACCCCGACUAAGAGACCAAGAAAGAAGAGGACGCUAGCUGAACUCAAAGAAGACGAGACAACAUUAUUGAAGGAAAGAAAGCAACUUAAACGACAACUAGCAACUCUACAAGCGACAUGUCAGAAACAAAGAGAAGAAAAUGCAAGUCUCAAGAAGAUGAAGAAUGAUCUGCAAUCAAAAGAAUUAGUUGUUCCUGAGGUAAAAGAUUGUAUGGAAGGAAAAGAAGCUCGUGGGUUCGUGCUCCCUGAUCUCAAUUUUCCCGCUGGUGAAGAUGAUUGUUAAAGUAGGCAUAGAAUAACUGCAGAUGAGUAUAUCGUCAACAAAAGAAAAUAAGUUCUAACGUUGAUGCGUAGGUCAAGUGUAAGUAGUGGAAAAGACUUCUCGUCCGUAUGGUUCCUUAAGCUAAUAGAGGAUGAUAGUGUAGAAAGCGUUUUAACAGAUUCAAUCUUAUAUUCUUUGUCGCAGUUCUACUAUAGCUCGGUGAAUAAUCUCUUCUUCCGGGCAUUUGUUACUUACUUUUCCUUUAUGUUGAAUAGAGUUGUGUUACAUGUUGUGCCUGCUUAUAUUUAUGCUAUACAAGAAAAUAUGGAUAAUUUUAGUAUCCAUUUACUC